GAGAGAGAGAGAGCUGGCGCUUUGUGAUGUCCGUCAACGGAGCUGUCCGUAAUCCCUGGUCCUGAAACAAGUCAGUUGGAGUUCUCAUAUCAACUCAGAAAGUCGUCGUUGGCGUCAGAGUACCGCAAAAGUGGUAACAACAAUGGAAAUGGAAAUAACAGGUUAAAAAGCAAGAUGGGAGAACAAAACGCAGGAUUACGUUUGUUUUUAAAAAAUUGGAUUAUUUAACAUCAAAUUGCGAGGGAUUAUUUGCUGAGUGAAUUUGCGCGGACGGGUCUGGGGCUUUCAAAGAUCUACAUUCAGCUGUGAAUUCGGCCUUCUCAGCCUCUGGAUGUAACCGGCGGCAGGCCCGAGGAUGGCGAAAAUCUGCACCGAGCGGUCCUGCUCCGCCCAGCAACGGCUGUCUGUACACCCCGGCGAGGACGACCUGGAACGGCUGGAGAAUGGCGGCAGCAGGUCCCACUCUCUGUGUGACGACACGUCCUCUGAGCGCCAGGGGGCCGUUUCCACGGCCACCAGCAUACUGGCAGAGUCCCGCAGGAGUUCUUUUACCGGUGCAGGAGCCAUGGCCAGGCUCUCCCACUUCAUCCUGAUGCUGAGGAACUGGGCCUCCCACCGGCUGCACCAGGAGACCGAGCGGCCCGACUCCUUCCUGGAGCGCUUCCGGGGCCCCGAGCUGAAGGACCUGUCCAGCCGGGACAGCAACGCCCAGUCUUCCCUGGGACACCCCGACCAGCCCCGCCGGAGGAAUCGUGUCAGUCCUUGGCCACAGGCUAUUCUCAAUCUCAACAACUGUAACAACACAGAUGACAAAAAAGAGGACAAGAAAGAUGAAAUAAAAGACAAGAAAGAUGAGAAAAAAGAUGACAAGAAAGAAGAAAAGAAGGACGAUAAAAAAGACGGCAAGAAGGAUGGUAAAAAAGAUGAAAAGAAAGAUGACAAAAAGAAGGAGGACCCUCCAAAAGACUUCUGGAUCAUGGACCCAGCGACAGACCUGUACUACAGAUGGCUUACAAUAAUCGCUGCUCCUGCCUUUUACAACCUGAUGAUGCUCGUGACCAGGGCCUGCUUUAAUGAGCUUCAGGAGAGCUUCACCAAGCUGUGGCUGACGCUGGACUACUCCUCGGAUAUCAUCUACAUCAUCGACACUUUUGUAAGAUCGCGAACAGGAUUCUUGGAACAAGGACUGCUUGUAAAAGACCCAAAGAAAUUAAGAGAAAACUACAUGAAAACUAAUCAGUUCAAGUUUGAUCUUUUCUCCAUAUUUCCAACUGACAUAUUUAUGUUAAAAGUGGGGCUCAACAACCCUGAGUUGAGGUUCAACCGUCUAUUCAAAAUUGGACGCCUCUUUGAGUUCUUUGACCGCACAGAGACCAGAACCAACUACCCCAACAUUUUCCGAAUCAGCAACCUUGUCCUUUACAUCCUGGUCAUCAUCCAUUGGAAUGCCUGCAUAUUUUUUGCCAUCUCCAAGACCAUUGGCUUUGGCUCAGACUCCUGGGUGUACCCCAACAUCAGUCACCCAGAGUUUGGUCGACUGUCCCGCAAGUACAUUUACUGCCUGUACUGGUCCACACUCACCCUCACCACCAUCGGAGAGACACCCCCACCGGUCAAGGACGUCGAGUACCUGUUUGUCGUCUGCGACUUCCUCAUCGGCGUGCUCAUCUUCGCCACCAUCGUCGGUAACGUCGGCGCCAUGAUCUCCAACAUGAACGCGUCCCGCGCCGACUUCCAGGCCAAGAUCGACUCCAUCAAGCAGUACAUGCAGUUCCGGAAGGUCACCAAGGACCUGGAGGCCCGGGUCAUCAAGUGGUUCGACUACCUUUGGACGAACAAGAAGACCUGCGACGAGAAAGAAGUGCUGAAGAACCUACCGGACAAGCUGAAGGCCGAGAUCGCCAUCAACGUCCACCUGGACACGCUGAAGAAGGUGCGGAUCUUCCAGGACUGCGAGGCGGGGCUCCUGAUCGAGCUGGUGCUCAAGCUGCAGCCUCAGGUCUUCAGCCCCGGCGACUACAUCUGCAAGAAGGGCGACAUCGGCCGAGAGAUGUACAUCAUCAAAGAGGGGAAGCUGGCGGUGGUGGCGGACGACGGGGUCACGCAGUUCGUGGUGCUGAGCGACGGCGCCUACUUCGGGGAGAUCAGCAUCCUGGGGAUCAAAGGGAGCAAAGCCGGCAACAGGAGGACGGCCAACAUCCGAAGCGUGGGGUACUCCGACCUCUUCGCCCUCUCCAAGGACGACCUGAUGGAGGCCCUGACCGAGUACCCCGAGGCCAAGAAGGCCCUGGAGGAAAAAGGGAAGGCCAUCCUGAUGAAGGACAACCUGAUCGACGAGGCGGUGGCCAACGCCGGAGCCGACCCCAAGGACAUGGAGGAGAAGAUCGCCCGGCUGGAGGCCCACCUGGAGGUCAUGCAGACCAAGUUCGCCCGGCUGAUGGCGGAGUACACGGCCAGCCAGAGCAAGAUCAAGCAGAGGAUCAUGAACAUGGAGAACAGGGUGAAGACCCUGAGGGCGGAGGAACUCUCGGAAGUUGUCGAGGACAAAAAGGACAAGUAGCUCACGUGCACGGCAUUACCGAUU